AAAACCCUAACCCCAACAACAGAUACAUAUAUAUUUUGUCGCGCGACUUGCCCUUUCUAUAUAUCAAUAAAGAAGAAUAUAUCUGUUUCGGAUAUCUUUUUUAAUUCAAACAAAUCAAUUCAUCUCAAUAAUUAUAAUGUCUGGAGGAAAAUCUGGUGGUAAAGCAGCUGUUGCCAAGUCUGCUCAAUCUCGUUCCGCCAAGGCUGGUUUGGCCUUCCCUGUCGGUCGUGUUCAUCGUUUGUUGCGUAAGGGUAACUAUGCUCAACGUGUUGGUGCUGGUGCUCCCGUUUAUUUGGCUGCCGUUUUGGAAUAUUUGGCUGCUGAAAUUCUCGAAUUGGCUGGUAACGCCGCUCGUGACAACAAGAAGACUCGUAUUAUUCCCCGUCAUCUUCAACUUGCUAUCCGUAACGAUGAAGAAUUGAACAAGCUUUUGGGUCAUGUCACCAUUGCCCAAGGUGGUGUUGUUCCCAACAUUAACGCCCAUCUCUUGCCUAAGCAAUCUGGCAAGGCUAACCCUAGUCAAGAGCUUUAAAAAUAUCUUACUAAGGUUGUUGGUUUGUUUUUGUUUGCCUUCUUGGAUAUCUUAUUUUGACCCAAUUCCCCUGCAUGUUGGUCCUAUGAGGUGUCACAAUGCAAGGUCUUUGCUACGAGGCUUUGAGAAUACCGGUUUCAGAUGUGUGUGGCAAGCUUAAAGGACGAAUGCGUUUUCGCUUGCAAAGUUUUUACGAACAUCCGAAAUCGAUUCAUGAUAGCCACCUGUACAUUAGUGCGUUUACAAUCGUAAACUCUCUUUGAACCUCUAUUUCAGUGAGAAGCGAUCCUUGGAACAUUUGCAUUGUAAUUUGAACAUUUGUGUAGAGUUUCUUCUAAUGGUUUUUCCUGUUUUUAUUUUAUAGCCUAUGGCUUGGUCAGUUUUAUUUGUCUAGGUGUAAUUGUUUCUUGUUUAGUCGUUAAUGAAAAUAUUCAUGUCGAACUUUUGGUUUUGAAAAUA